CCUGUCCCUAUUAUCACAAACAAGAAUCCAGACUCUCUUGAGAAAGACAAAGGGAAUCCCAUUUAUUUGGGAAUCCAGAGUCCAGAAAUGUGUCUGUGUUGUGAGGACAUCGGAGGACAGCCCAAAUUGCAGCUUAAGGUCCUGAUUCUGUUCAUCUGGGGUAGAGCCUGAGAUUCUGCAUUUGUGAGAAACAGUUGGAUGAUGCCAGUGGUGCUGCUCCAUGGACCACACUUUGAACCUUAAGGAUGUACAGAACGAGGACAGUUCCAUGUGACAAUUUGGCAAUAUGUGAACAAUAGCCAAAUUGAGUGGUGGGAAUUAUGCUAUCAGAGUUGGGAAGGAUUUGUGGGGCUGAGGUGACUAUAUUAGACUUUAAAUUAAGAAGUGAAGGAUAGAUACGGAUGGACAAAGGAAUUAAACCCCAAGGCAAUUCCAGUUCUGGUUAGCUAAAGAGAAAGAGGAAGCUAUGUUCCUAAACUGUAUUCUUAUGGAGUUCUUUUCUAGCAGAAACAGAAGUUUCCUUCAUCAUAUUUAACUCAGUUUCCCUUCUUAGGAGCAUCCACCCCCUUGGCUAUGAAGGAUGUCACUGCCACGCUAGGGAGAGAUACAUAGAGGUCUUGGGUUAUCUGGUAUCACUGAAGCCCCCAUCACCUCUGCUAAUGGCACCAUGGGCUAAGUUCCCAGACCAUAUAGAGCUCCAUGUAUUUAUAGGAAGAAAUAAGGAAUCUGAAAGGACACAUAUCUUUUCAGCUGUGGUCGUGAAUGGGUUUGCAUUAGUAUAUGCAGCAUCCAUACUAAUGUGUCCUGGAUGUUUGCUUCUUUGCACCUGAUGGCAGGACAUUGAGCCUCUCCCCUUAAGAUAUCCAAGUGUAUCCAGUCCUAUAUAAGGAGAAUGAGGGUGAUGUCAUAAGCUCUGGACUUUCUUCUUAGAGCAUGGAAAUCAACUCAGGCUAAUGGAUACUCAGGACAGGACCUCUUUAUAGACUCAGCAUAAUUCUGAGUCCCAGUUUUGACUGAGGAAACCUGCUGUACAUUUAAUUGUAGGUGAUUCAUGACUCCACACUCCUUAGGGGACAGCUAUGGGGCUACCUAGGACAAUAUUGAGAAGCAAGAAUCCCUUGGAAGGGUAUAGGGUGUGAACACGAGGGUGUCUUUAUGUGGCCAAGUAGGCUGAUGAGGUAGCUAGGAACCCCCUGAGAAACAUUAUCAUCAUCCCACCGGAGGCUGAAGAGGCUGGGACAUUUAUUCACCAGUCCCUUCCCCAACUGGUUGAGAUUGCCCUUGAGAUGCAAGCCCUUGAGGUAUGGAGCUGAGAGGUGCUGGCAACCGUCACAGAGAAAGUGAACUCAGAUGGGCUGAAAGGAUGGGGCAGAGUCUCGCCAGCACUACCUCAGCUUCCCUUUGUGGAAAACCUAAUGCAUGCGUGCUAGCUCAGGGCAUUGGAGUAUCAGGGAGUCAACCUCACUUCCCCACUAAUCUAGAGUCCAUGAGGGGCAAGAUGAGCAGGAGCUGACCUUGCGCCAGGUAAGGCUCCCUUGAGUGGAGAAGCAGCAUGCACACUGGCUCUGAAAAGCUGGAGGAGCAUAUACUGGGGUGUUUUUUUUGUUUUUCAUCUGAGAUUGGCAGGGGAUAUGGUGACUGGACCAGGAGUGGUUAGAAACUACACAGGUCUUAGAGGACCCAUCCCUUUCUCAGUCUACCUUGCACCUGUUGUUGUUUUCACUCUUAGGAGUAGCAUUAUGGUGUGUCAUUUUGCAGCAUCAGAGUUUAGUCAUCGGCCAUGGGGCAGUCCCAUAAUGCUUCUUUCCUCAAACUCGCUGUUGAUGACUAUAUUUCCUGGUGGUUGCUCUCAGAUGCUUAACAUGCCUCAUUUUUCAUGGUGCAUGGACAGGUCACAACCCUGCCCCAGUUGACAUUUCUUUAUAUAAAGCCUCACUGAAUCCCCUGGCACCAGGAACUGACAAAUGCUCAAGGUACAAUCCGAGCCCCAGUGAGGCAGAACCUCCUCCCUUCCUGAUGUGGAUCUAAGGCUUGGACACUAUUGGAGUUCAUCAGAGCAUCUGAGUACAGAGGAAACCAUAGUCCAUAGUGGUAGGAAUACCGGGUCCUCUGUAGCUGCAAAGCUUGCUGACCUUUGAUCUUCUCUUGCUUGUGGGCCUCUGGCCCUGGUACUCCUGUUUUCUUAAGGCUCUUGGUUUAGGCUAAACAAGAUUCAUAGGUACAGCUGCUUCUGCUACAGGUAGGCUACAUCCAAGAAGGUGAGCAGGUGAGGGAGGGAGGUGAAUUCUGGGAGUGUAGAUUCUUACUGAGGUCAUUGUUGGGCUGGUCACCAGCUCUUCUUCUGACUCAGGGUCAGACUGUGGCUUGGGACUGACUCAGGUCCUCUCGUGGGGUCAGUCUGCACAUAAAAGUCUUCACGCCUUGACAGUUCUAAAACAUCAUCAUCAACAAUGGAUAAUAAAGUAUUAUCCAAGGCACACCCUGUUCAGGGGAAUAUUCAGGAUGUCAAUCAUCUGGUGUGGGUACUUCAAGGCCAGACCCUCAAAGCAGUCCCAAGGAAGAACUAUAUAGAUCCAGUCACUGUUACCUUAAUCUCAUGCAAUUGUAUGGAGACUCUUGAGAAGGACAGAGGGAAUCCCGUCUACCUGGGACUGAAGGAGCCAGAGCUCUGCCUAUUCUGCACGGAGGACAAGGGGGAGCCCACAUUGCAGCUUAAGGAACAGAACAUAAUGGAUCUGUACCGCCAACCUGAGCCUGUGAAGCCCUUUCUCUUCUACUAUGAACAGAGUGGCAGUACCUCCACCUUUGAGUCCGUGGCCUUUCCUGGCUGGUUCAUCGCCUCCUGCUCCAAUGGAGGCUGUCCUCUCAUUAUUACCCAAGAAUUGGGGCAAGCCUACACCACUAACUUUGGGCUCACUGUACUUCAGCCUUAAGGUUGGUCUAGGGUUGGGGGUUGUUCUCCUCGCAGAGAAUGUUGUCUUGGUUUCCUCCAUUCUAGCUCUCCAAGUGCUUCUGAAGCACAACACUGUGAAUCAACUAUACUUUAAUUAAAAAAGAAAGAAAGAAACAAGUUCUUCUGAGAUGAAUGCUGUUAUACAAGCAUUCAACAAGGGAAGGCAGAGUUGCCAGAAUUACGUCCAUUUUUUUUGGGGGGGGUUGGGGGGCAUACAGGAUCUUAGCUCCCUGACCAGGAAUUGAAUCCAUGCUCCCUGCAGUAGAAGUGCAGAGUCCUAACCACUGGACUCCCAGAGAAGUCCCCUAUGUGUUCAAUUUUUGAAAGUACAAACCAGAUUAAAAGGGGAGUAAGCAGUCAAGUCUUAGUGUAGAAGGAAGGAAGAAUCUGUGGCUGGGCUGUUCACCCAAGGGUACCUUACUGGCCUCCGUACAUCCAUGCAAUGACCUAACAUCCAUGCAACAGUGGGCCAAGCUAUAUGUGUUCUCCCAGGGGCUAUAUGUGCUCUCCCAGGGGCCAUAUGAAAAACAGUCCAGGGAAAUUGAGGGUCUUUGCUAUGGGCAUGUAGCUAAAUUAUGACAACUUGACAAAAAUAAUAAAACUCUACUUAAUAUCCUUGCUAAUGAUACGUCAAAUAAUAAAUAAAGGUGAUGAUUCUUUCAUCUGGAGUCCAGAUCUCUAGAUUUUCAGACACAUUGCUCCGUGGUGUUACAUCAAGAUCUUUUGACUCCUGGUGGGAAGAAGCAGACAUGGAAGUUCCAUAAAAGAAAAGACCACAAAGUAAGCUGAGCCCCUCCUGGCUGUGGUUUGUGUCUCAGUGAAGUUGUAUGUUCUGCUGGUUUGAAUGAAGAACUAGUGGUGUUUAUGAAACUUUCACCUAAAGCAUUAUCAUUGGAUCUUAUGGAGUGUUAAAUUUGUGAAAUA